AUGGCACCACUCGUCUUCUUCGUCGGCGCUGCAUCGAGCGGCUUCGGCAAGGGUAUCGCGUUGGAAGCUCUCAAGCAAGGCCACAAAGUCAUCGCCACUGCCCGCAACUCGUCCAAAAUCUCCGACUUGAAAGACAAGGGAGCUGUCACCUUCGAUUUGGACGUCACCCAUCCCCUCGAAGAACUGAAACCAAUUGUCGACAAAGCUCAGCAAGUGUACGGCAGAAUUGACAUACUCAUCAACCCUGCGGGCUACAUCUUGGAGGGAGCAAUUGAAGAAGCAACCCACCAAGAAACCUACGACCAAUUCAACGUCAACGUCUUCGGCGUAAUCAACCUAACCCGCGCCGUCCUCCCGCACCUCCGCGCCCAAAAAUCCGGCACAAUCGCGCACUUCGGCAGCCUAGGCUCCUGGCGCGGCAGCCCAGCCGCAGGAAUCUACUGCGCAACAAAAUGGGCCAUAACCGGCUUCACCGAAUCCCUGCGCGAAGAAGUCUCCCCCUUCAACAUCCACGUCAUCUCCAUCGAACCAGGCUACUUCCGCAGCGGGUUCCUCAACCCCGGCGCGAGGUUCUCGACCCAGAAGCGGAUUGAGGAUUACGACGACACGGCCGUGGGCGAUGUACGGAGGGCGUUGGAGAAGACGGAUAAUAACCAGCCCGGGGAUGUGGAGAAGGGGUGUAAGGUGAUUGUGGAUGUUUUGGCGGGUGCUGGGAAGAAGGUCCCGGUGAGGCUUGUGUUGGGGAGUGAUGCGCAGGCGGUGAUUAGGGGGAAGUGUGAGGAGACGUUGAGGUUGUUGGAUGAGCAGAAGGAACUGUCUUUCAGUACGGAUUAUCCGAAGGGGGAGUGA